AUGAAAUCGGCUAAGCCGGUCAAUACACCGUUAGCCAAUCACUUCAAGCUCAGCAAACAAAGUUGUCCUACGAGUCAAGAAGAAAAAGAAGCUAUGGCAGGUGUUCCAUACUCCUCAGCAGUCGGGAGUUUGAUGUAUGCCAUGGUGUGUACUAGACCGGAUAUCGCUCACGCGGUUGGAGUUGUUAGCAGGUAUCUUUCCAAUCCUGGAAAGAAUCAUUGGGAAGCUGUGAAGUGGAUCUUGAGGUACCUAAAAGGCAGUGCAAAUAAUUCCUUGAGCUUCGAAAAAGGAAACCUAGUUCUUGAAGGUUAUACAGAUGCAGAUAUGACAGGUGACCUGGAUAGUAGAAAAUCUACUUCAGGGUUUGUGUUUACAUUUGCAGGAGGAGCUAUAUCUUGGCAAUCUAAAUUGCAGAAAUCUGUUGCCUUGUCGACUACUGAAGCAGAGUAUAUUGCUUUGACAGAAGCAGGAAAAGAAAUGCUUGGUUGA